CCUCGAUAACCGUCCUCGGCGACCCGGUCCUAUACCGAACCACAACAACAAACACCUGUUCCCUAGAGUUUCCUUGGUAAACACCAGCCAAAAUGUCACAAGUUCACGCCUUGUCCGACGAUCAGGUCGGACAAGAGCUCCGCAAGAUGACGGCUUUCAUCAAGCAAGAAGCCGAGGAAAAAGCGCGCGAGAUCGAGAUCAAAGCCAACGAGGAAUUCGCCAUCGAAAAGUCCAAGCUGGUCCGCCAGGAGACGGACGCCAUCGACUCGGCCUACGCCAAGAAGUUCAAGCAGGCGCAGAUGUCGCAGCAGAUCACGCGGUCGACCGUGGCCAACAAGACGCGGCUCAAGGUCCUGGGCGCGCGCCAGGAGCUUCUGGAUGACAUCUUUGAGGCCGCCAGCGCCCAGCUGGCCGAUGCUACCAAGGACGAGGGCCGCUACAAGGACAUCCUCAAGGGCUUGCUCUUGGAGGGCUUCUACGCCAUGAACGAGCCUGAGCUGGCGAUCCGCGCGCGCAAGGCGGAUUAUGACGUGGUUAGGCAGGCGGCGGAGGCGGCGAGCGAGGAGUACAAGGAGAAGACGGAUAAGGAUGUCAAGGCGACGAUUGAUGAGGAGAAUCCCGUUGCUGAGGGGAGCGCUGGUGGCGUCAUCAUCGUCGGCGGAAACGGCAAGAUCGAUAUCGACAACACCUUCGAGGCCAGGUUGAACCUGCUUAAGGACAGCGCUCUCCCGGCGAUGCGCAAGGCUCUUUUCGGCGACAACCCCAACCGCAAGUUCUUCGACUAAGUGCACCGCUUCUUCGGAAGGCUACUGUGAAUACGGAGAA